AGCUAAUUAACAAACACAUCAAAGCACAAGUUUCCCCUUCUCAACAAUGACAUCUCAUUUGCUUUUAUUUGGUCUCUUGGUGGCGUGCUGCUCCAUUGCGUUUGCUUCGGACCCUAGUCCUCUUCAGGACUUCUGUGUGGCAGACCAAAAUAGCACAGUAUUCGUGAAUGGCUUGGUUUGCAAAGAGGCAAGGCUUGUACAAGCUGAUGAUUUCUUUUAUAGUGGGCUGCAACUAAUGGGAAAUACUUCGAAUGCGGUUGGGUCUGCUGUGACUCCUGGUAUUAACCCCCCACAUACACACCCUCGGGCCACUGAAAUUUUGACUGUUAUGGAAGGCCGUAUUCUAGUCGGGUUUGUCACAUCCAACCCUGAAAACCGACUCAUCACAAAACUACUUCAGAAAGGCGAUGUUUUCGUGUUCCCACAAGGUCUGAUUCACUUCCAGAAAAAUGUGGGAAAUGGCUAUGCUGUUGCUAUUGCUGCUUUGAGUAGUCAAAAUCCAGGUGUUAUUACCAUUGCAAAUGCUGUGUUUGGAUCAAAUCCUGAUAUCGCAACAGAUAUUCUUGCAAAGGCUUUUCAAGUUGACGUCAACGUCGUCUGUCAAAUUCAAUCUAAGUUCUAG